AUGUAUACAAACAAUGUAUUCUAUUUAAUAAAGUACGAAACACAUAACAGCAUUUUCCAUUUAAAUUAUCUAUCUAUCUAUCUAUCUAUCUAUCUAUCUAUCUAUCUAUCUAUCUAUCUCGUUCCCAUUCAUUUCAUAUCUUUGCCUCGAACCAUUACUCUUUCUCAUUUCUUCAUCGUCGUUGCUACCCCUCCAACUUUCCGACCGAACCUCCUGUCCAAAAGCAACAAGCAUUCGUCAAGAACCCUCAGUAUCAAACGGACCUUACCUCCUGUCCAAAAGCAACAAGCAUUCGUCACGAACCCUCAGUAUCAAACGGACCUUACCUCCUGUCCAAAAGCAACAAGCAUUCGUCACGAACCCUCAGUAUCAAACGGACCUUACCUCCUGUCCAAAAGCAACAAGCAUUCACGAACCCUCAGUAUCAAACGGACCUUACCUCCUGUCCAAAAGCAACAAAUUCGUCACAAACCCUCAGUAUCAAACGGCCUUACUUCCAGUCCAAAAGCAACAAGCAUUCGUCACGAACCCUCAGUAUCAAACGGGCCUUACUUCCUGUCCAAAAGCAACAAACAUUCGUCACAAACCCUCAGUAUCAAACGGGCCUUACUUCCAGUCCAAAAGCAACAAGCAUUCGUAACGAACCCUCAGUAUCAAACGGGCCUUACUUCCUGUCCAAAAGCAACAAGCAUUCGUCACGAACCCUCAGUAUCAAACGGACCUAACCUCCUGUCCAAAAGCAACAAGCAUUCGUCACGAACCCUCAGUAUCAAACGGACCUUACCUCCUGUCCAAAAGCAACAAGCAUUCGUCACGAACCCUCAGUAUCAAACGGACCUUACCUCCUGUCCAAAAGCAACAAGCAUUCGUCACGAACCCUCAGUAUCAAACGGGCCUUACUUUCUGUCAAAAAGCAACAACUAUUUCUUCUCCCUAGAACGUUUGGCACCAACCAUUACUAUUUUUGGCGCGCAACAACGUUCGAUCAUCAACAUCAACCUCACGUUGCACAGAUUUGCUGGACCACUAUCCAGAGACCAAGGUCUCGGCAUUGCAUUCUAUACUUUUCUUCAUCCUGACAAAUUCGUUGUUAAAAAUAAACUUCUAUUUUGUUAUGCCUUUCAUACCUCAUUCGUGUUUUUCCACUCUCUACGUUACUAA